CUUUAUUGUGGGCAGUGGAAAUUGACUGUUAUUUUUCUGGGCAAUUGCUUUCCUUGAUUAUAUCCCUCUUAAUUAUACAAGAACUAAAAGUCGGACAAGCUGUUAGGAAUGGAUCAAUUUGACGUGGAUUUUUAUCAGUCAGAUUACAUUAUAGAUGAUACCACACCAGGAUUCUAUGAAAUGGGAACACAUGAUGAAAACAGUAGGCAACGUAAAAAUGACUUUUCCCAAGCUGACAUUUUAUCAGCCACGAUGCAUCACACCGGAGUCCUUUAUGAACCUGCCUACAGCCCAUCAUUUCAUCCUCAGCAUGAUCAACAUAAUGAAAGCUUUGAAGAUGAGCCUCCUCUUUUAGAAGAACUGGGCAUAAAUUUUGAUCACAUCUGGCAAAAGACUUUAACUGUUCUGAAUCCAUGGAAACCAGCAGAUGGCAGCAUUCUUAAUGAAACUGACCUGACGGGACCUUUGAUUUUUUGUUUUGCACUGGGGUCAAUGCUCUUACUGGCAGGCAAGAUUCAUUUUGGCUACGUAUACACAAUGAGUAUCCUCGGGUGCCUGGGAAUCCAUGCUUUAUUAAACCUGAUGAGUAUUACAGGGGUCUCAUAUGGAUGUGUUGCUAGUGUCUUAGGAUACUGUCUCCUGCCCAUGGUUAUCCUUUCCUCCUGCGCAGUCCUAUUUUCAUUACAGGGAACCAUUGGUACAGUCCUGGCAGCAGCCGUAAUUGGAUGGUGCAGUUUCUCAGCGUCAAAAAUGUUUAUCUCCACUUUGGCAAUGGACGGACAGCAGCUUCUGGUUGCAUACCCCUGUGCUCUUCUCUACGGACUUUUUGCUCUUUUGACUGUUUUUUGAUUUGUUUGAUCCAUUAAUUCCUUGGUGUCUUAAUAAAGCAAGGUGCGUGAUGUGCAGUUCUGGGGAACUCCUGAACCAGCACAAGCAUAAA